AUCUGCGCUCUGUUAAAAAUGAGCUUAUCCUCUUCUCGUCUCCGCUUCUCCUUCUUCCAUUGCCUUUGGUGAUCGGGACGCCGGAGGCAGAAUGUGCCUAUGUGAUAAUACUGAUGGCGGUCUACUGGUGUACAGAGGUCCUACCACUGGCUAUAACUGCUUUGUUCCCAGCCCUCCUUUUCCCCUUGUUUGGCAUCAUGCAGUCUAAAGACGUGUGCAUGCAGUACCUGAAGGACACAAACUUGUUGUUUGUGGGGGGACUGAUGGUCGCUGUGGCCGUGGAACACUGGAAUCUGCACAAACGCAUUGCCCUGAGGGUACUGCUGUUUGUUGGUGUGCGUCCAGCACUUUUGAUGUUGGGUUUCAUGGGUGUGACAGCCUUCUUGUCCAUGUGGAUAAGUAACACAGCCACCACAGCCAUGAUGGUGCCUAUUGUCCAAGCAGUGCUGGAACAGCUCAACAACAGUGAGACAGAGCUACCUCAGAUACUCAGCUCAGAGGAGCAGAUCCAGACAUCAGAGACAGACGGCAAACAGCCUCCACAGACAGAGAAACAGAGUGAAGGACAAGGGCCAGUGGUGGUGACUUUCUUGGAUACUGCAGUGGAGGCUACUAGGCAUAACGAGGCAGCAGAAAGGCUGAGAAUGUGUAAAGGGAUGACCCUAUGUGUCUGUUAUGCUGCCAGCAUUGGAGGAACUGCCACACUGACAGGGACUGGUCCCAAUCUGGUGCUCCAGGGCCAGAUGGGCCAACUCUUUCCUCAAAAUGGAGAUGUGAUUAACUUUGCCUCCUGGUUCGGCUUUGCCUUCCCUAACAUGAUCCUCAUGCUCACACUGGCCUGGCUUUGGCUGCAGUUUGUCUUUGUGGGAUUCAAUUUUAAGAAGACAUGGGGCUGUGGAGCAGUGAAGACAGAAAAGGAGAUUGCUGCCUAUAAUGUGAUCCGUGAGCAGCAUCGUUUGCUGGGGCCCAUGUCCUUUGGAGAAAUUAACGUCUUGGGUCUCUUCAUUCUGCUGGUGGUGUUGUGGUUCACAAGGGAUCCAGGCUUUGUGGAUGGCUGGGCGACAGAUAUCUUCAACUCCAAAGCAGAGUAUGUGACAGAUGCCACAGUGGCAGUCUUCAUUGCUGUCCUCCUCUUUGUUUUGCCCUCAACCCCCCCACGUUUCUGUUCAUGGAGGAGUCAAAGCUUUGACACAGCACCACAUCAAACUGUUAGCCCAAAUCCACGUCUACUCAACUGGAAGAUUGCCCAAAAGAAGUUACCAUGGGGCAUAGUGCUUCUCCUUGGAGGAGGUUUUGCCCUAGCCAAGGGUAGUGAAGUAUCAGGACUCUCGAAGUGGAUGGGAGAUCAAAUGGCUCCCCUGCAGAGCAUCCCUCCCUGGGCAAUUGCUAUCAUCUUAUGCCUGCUGAUUGCUACCUUCACUGAAUGUACCAGUAAUGUAGCCACUGCGACGCUCUUCCUGCCUGUCUUAGCCUCAAUGUCCCAGUCCAUUGGAAUGAAUCCAUUAUAUGUCAUGGUGCCUUGUACUCUGAGUGCAUCUUUUGCCUUCAUGCUGCCUGUUGCUACACCGCCAAAUGCCAUAGUCUUCUCUUACGGAUACCUCAAGGUUGCUGACAUGGCAAGUACAGGAAUUGUCAUGAACAUCAUUGGGAUCCUUUGUAUCACACUGGCCAUCAACAGCUGGGGUAAAGCCAUGUUUGACCUGGACUCCUUCCCCACCUGGGCCAACGUCACCGAGGUGUGA